UAUCGAGGUUCGGGAACAUUUUCAAGAUGGCUGUCUGUUUUGAAGAGGAAGAAAACAACUUCAUCAAUUUUAUGAGCGUUUCUUGUAGCUAGAAUGGUUAUUUGGCAUCUGUUUUCGAUAGCUAUCUUUCUAUCCUGUAUAACAUACCGCAAUGCCGUGAGUGGUAGUGAAGAAGAUCCGAGUUGUGAGGAUUUAUUGGAUGGACAAUAUAAAUGUGAUGAGCCAGAGAUAGAUCCAAAAACACAGUCGGCAAAAGGAUGCUCCAAGAAUCAUUCUGUUGAAGUUGAGUGUAUGCUGUUGUCUGGUUUGACAUGUAACUAUAAUGGAGAAAGUGUGAUGAAGUUUAAAAAAAGAAUUUCAUGUAGAUACACGAAUGGUCAUUCUUAUCAAACAGCACUACUGUUGUCUAUAUUUCUUGGCAUGUUUGGUAUAGAUAGAUUCUACUUAGGAUACCCAGCUAUUGGUUUACUCAAGUUUUGUACAUUAGGUUUCUUCUUCUUAUUCCAAUUGAUAGAUAUUUUGCUUAUUGCAUCACAGGUUGUUGGUCCAUCAGAUGGAGCUAAUUAUGUUAUUGACUACUAUGGAGCAAGAUUAAUAAAAGUUAGCUAUAACAACGACACUUACCUCAAGCCGCAAAAUUAAUAUACUACAAAUGUUUGUGCAUUGAUAUGUUUGCGUCUUGAAGGGGGAAGUGUGUAUCAGGAAACUAAUAGUUUAGGAUCAAAGGAACCGAAGAUGUUAGCUGAAUGAAAUAGACCAAAUCUAUUUCGCUUUAUAGAUUUUGGAUUGCAAAAAUGUGAUCUUUUUUUCCUUAGUUCUCAUACUGAGAUCCUUCUCAAUUUCAAAAUGGAAAAUCAAGGGCCCCUUUGAUUUUCCAUUGAGAAAUUGAGAAGUUUCUUGGUAUGAGAGUAUGGGAAUGAAUCUAUCAAAUUCUUAUGUUAUCUUGUCAAAGAUCAUCAGUUAGGGAAGGAUGAAAACAUUUUGAUAUCAGGCUAUAUAGGAGACCCUUCAYAAUAAUGUCAACUGAUCCAAACAACUUGAUAUCUCUCCUUUGCUUCCUGCUGUGAUGUACAUGUAUAGCCACUGUCUUGUUCCUUUGUGAAAGUCUUAGGCUUUUCUUGAUAUCAUUUUAGUCUUCUUUUUUUCUUAUGACAAAACAAUUGCUGUAAAUAAUCAUGCUGGGUUGAUCUUUACAGGAAACCUAUGUCAAAUUGAAAUUUUUAUGUACGAUUGUGCAGAAUUAUUUGUAAAUAAAUACAUUUUAAUAUCAUACAAAA